AUGAGUUCCAUUCCUCGACGGAAAACUGAUUUGUCAGACGCUGACUUACAGUUUCUUCUAAAUCUCUUAAUACAAAAUAUUGGCCUAUUCGUAGUUCCUUAUUUCGACCGAACGCUAUUUCACGGAGAAUAUAGGUUUAGACUAUUGGAUCUUAUAUCUUUCAAAAAUGAAGCGAGAAACCGCAACGCGCAUGGAGUAAUAUUAGCCUAUUC